AUGAGCGCGUUGGAAGCACAAAAAGAGAAUGUGUACCUACAUAGUGGCAACGGCGCUAACCAAGACAAAGUUGUUUCGACACCACAACGUGGGUUUGUGAUUCAUAAAGACUCAGAGUCCACUGGCAGAAAAGGUUUGGAAAAAAGAUCUGCAGAUAAGAGACGUGCGCUGGGCGAUAUCUCAAACAAGCAGCGGGAUUGCCAGAGAAGCAACAAAUCUGACGGCAUCACGUCUGCGAAAAAGGUUGGAGCUAUCGAAAGCGUGGAGAAAGAAAAAAGAAAAAGCACUAAGAAGAAGAUCAAAACCCCACUGAAAACAAAAGCUGUUGCAUCGCUUGAGCCCAAGACAGAGAUCAAGCUUUUACGCGCUGAUGAAGUACCUGAUGUCGAGUUUGCAUACGGCGGACUGUCGUCACCUAAAUCGGACUCGGCGUACUUGAAGGGUUUGCACGAUGAGAUCGUACAAGAUAUUCUGAAUGACGAAACACCGACUCUCUUUGAUGAUUUUGAUCCUGCGCAUGGUAUCGAUACCUGGUGCAAUGAGAAAGCAAUGCUGGAAAGUGGGAAACCACCAUCUCCAUGGUGGUCGACGGAAUUGGAAAAGACGGACUUACAAGAGAAGGUGGAGGAACAGUAUCCAGUGCUUGACGACAUGCCACCACCCGAUGACUUUUCGAAUGAUUCUCUUGGCGACCUUGACGCUGACCAAUUGCUUGAAGAUAUUCUUAGUGUGGACGUUGAAGCAGUUUGCACUGAGUGA